GGUCUCACUACACAGGUGAUAAUUCUUCUUCUUAUACGCGCGGUCGCAUGGCCGGGACUUGUGGGUGUAAUUUUUGGAGUUUCCACGGAAAAUGAAAAUAGGGAAAUUAAACGAGCAAAUGCUGAAAGAAAUGCAGUUGAGUUUCAAACUCACCGAACAGCGAGAACUAGCAUCUGGUCGUCGAAAGCCGGAGAAAUCGUUUCCACCACCUGUGGCUUCUAAACAAAAACUUAUUGCAAAGGCUUUCAGUUCUCCCGCAGAGAUUUCUGAUUCUAAAAUGCCUAAAGUUGACUUGGAAAUACUCCAAAAAUCAAAGGGGAAAAAAAAGAAGGCCCAAAAGAGACCUGUUUCCAGUGAGGAACCUAAACCUGACAGUUCUCCAUUCAAAAAGAAGCCAAAAAAGGAUCUUACUUCCCCUACAGAAAAUCACAAAGAUAGGCCCUAUUCUGUUCAUACUAAAAACUAUACAGUACCAAUUGUAAAGUUAAGUCCCAAUGAUUUGGGUACAAAAAAACAAAAAAAAGGUUCUAAACAAAUUGAAUCAGAUAUAAAACCUAAGAAAGUGAAUCCAACUAUCAAAACAAAUGGAUCUAAAGUUGCACAGCUAAAAAAAAACCCCGAAACCAAAAAGGUAUUUAGUAAAAUCGGAAAUAAAAGCCAAAAACAAUCGCAACAAAAUGGUCAACAUGAAAUGGAUCUAAGCGAUGCUGAGGUAUAUUCAGUGGACGAGUGGGACCAAGGAGAGAAGUAUUUCAUGGAAAAUGAUUCGGAAAGCGACGAGUUGCAAAAACUAGGCAAGAAUUUCUUUAAGCAACCAGUGGUUUUUAAAGAUAAAUCCAAAGGUAAUCAGAGUAAUGGACUAGCCUUACCUUCUCCAUUUGAAAACAUAGAGAACCGCGCACACUUGUUGCAAAGUGAUGGCGAGACAGGAACGGUUCGAAAGAUUGAGGUCUUUGAGAGUGCGUUGUAUGAAAAUAAGUUAUUUGAGAGUGCGUUGGAAGAAAUAGACAGCGAUGAACUAGAUGAUGAUUAUGAACCACCAGACGACGAUGUCGAAUCUGAAGAAUUUGUCAGCGAAAAUUCUGAAAGUGAAAACUCAAGCAGCGAAGAUUUUGACAGUGAAUAUAGCGAAGAAUUCGACAGUGAUUUUGACAGUGAAGAGAGCGAUAGCGAAGCAUUCGGUAGCGAUUUUUUCGACAGUGAUGACCUGGACUCAACUUAUGAGCCACCUGAUAUCGAUGGAUUUUUUGACGAACAACCUUUGGGAAUGCAAAAGGAGCCGCUUAUAAUAGAAGAAAUCUUUGAUGACCAACCUGUGGAUGAAAACCAGAAAGAACUGGUUAGAUAUAAACCUAAGGCCAAAGAAACUGAAAUAGAGGAAAGCGAAGUGAAAGAGAUUGUAGAAAAUUCAAUUGCUUCACCUUCUGAAGAAAUUUCGAUAGAAUCCAAUGAAAUUACACUCGAAGAGGCUGAAGCUCCCAUAGAGCUUGAAGUGAAAGCUGAGAAAUCACCACCUAAAAUUGAAACACUCGAAAAGGAACAGGAACCUAUUGAACCUAUUGAUUCCCCAUUCUAUAGAAAUCCACAAUUAAAUCCCACUGAGCUCAGCGUCUUCGAGAACAGUCUAAAAAGCAACCAUGUGCUGGCUGUGAUUAAGGAGGACCUUGAACUGUAUGGCACACUAGUCCUUACACUGCUGAGUGGGCAGAUAUCAGUGAAUGGUUACAGACCGCGCAGACUAGAGUCACUCACUAUUUAUUCACUGAAAGGCCUUAAUUGGGUGUCAAUCCUACCCACAAAGACCAAAAGACCUGCCAAAGAUGAGGUGAAUUGGGAGGAACUCAAUAAGAACUUUUCACGCGCACAGUUAGACAGGAUUCAAGGCAGCUUUCAGAGUCAGUCGAAUGCGAUUGUACUGUUGCAAAGAAAUACUGGUGCCCAGCGUCUCGUUGAUAACUUUAGCAAGCACAUGGCACAGAAUGUGUUCCCACUAGUCAACGCUUCCAAUCGACCAAAUCAUCUAAGUGAAUCCAUGUUACACUGUCUCCUUCAAUCGUCCGAUCUCAGUCGCACUCUACAGGUGCCACAGGUGUGGAAUAAGUUAAAGAUACAGCCAGCUAGUCGGAUAAUUAUAGCAGGUGGUAAGGGCGUUGGAAAGUCUAGUUUAUUGCGAUACCUCAUCAAUCGAAAUCUUGGUCAGUUCCCAGAACUCCUGCUCAUCGACUUAGAUAUUGGCCAGCCCGAAAUCUUUGUUCCUCAGACUGUUUCUUGCACACUAAUUGGUGAGCCCCUAUUAGGACCUGGAUUCCUGUUCAACAAGCAACCGGAUCAUGCUUAUGUUGUGGGCCACACCAACAUAGUCUUGUGCGCAGAGCAGUAUGCUCGAGCUGUCAUUCAACUGAUCAAAAAAAUCAAAGAGGAUGCCAAAUACGCGAAUAUUCCAUGGCUUAUUAAUACUAUGGGGUAUAACAAGGGAUUUGGUACCGAACUGAUGGCCCUGCUGGUGGAUCGCAUCCGUCCGACGGACCUUGUACAAAUCGCUAGUCCAAUUCCGAUAAACAACUUCGAUUCUCCCCUCGACUGGAACAGUCUGUCGCAGUUGAAACCUAUUAUCUACAAGGCGGAUGAGUUUAGGGUCAAGGAAAUACAAAAGUACACCCUCCACAGGUUACUUAGUGCUGCGCCAGUAAAAGAAAAAGGAACCUGGAGCUUGAGCGCCAAGGAUAUGCGGUACUCCAACCUUUUGGCGCGUCUCAGUUCGUGUCUCACGGGAAAUGCCAAAACCCUAACUGACUGCCAGCCGUUAAGGGUGACCCUAGAAUCCCUAAAGAUCCGUCAUCCCACCAGCGAAGAUUUCUCACGCGAAGAACUGAUCCGCGGCAUGGAGGCCAAUGUGGUUUAUCUGUGUCAUCAGGAAGCAGGCCUCCCUCAAUGCAUGGGAAUAGGAGUGGUUCGAGCCAUCGACUACGACCGAAAGGAGCUGUUCGUGGUGCCGGCGAUGCCCCUGCAAAGGAUGUCCCUGGUGGAUUGCCUUACCCUUGGCGGCGAACUGACCCUUCCGCAGGGCUACUUCAGAGAUCAGGGCCAGGGAGUUUCUAGCAGUGUGCCCUUCGUGUUCAUCCUUGACGACUCGAAAUCUUCGAAGAGUAUUCAGCAGAUCUACCAUCGAACACCGGCGUUUCUGGGAGUGCCAGUAAAUCAAAGAAACUGAGUUACGUACGGCGUGGUCAUUGUAAAAAAAAUACUUGUAAAUAAAAUGAGGUUUAUUAAGAAAA